AUGACUAGUUAUGAAAAUAGUAGUAAUUUCUUUCUACUACAAACAGAAAAUUUUGAACCACUUUUAAAAUUAAUAGAUCAACUUAGUUUAAAAGUUGAAGAGAAUCAAGAAAUCAUUGAACGAAUUACCAAGAAAAUAGAUGGAGAGUUUGAUUUCCCCGAAUAUAAACCGAUUAAACUCGAGGAGGACGGGAUAGAGAAGAACGGGACGACGACGACCAAAAAGAAUAAAGCAGCAAGUCCUGAUAUAUUAAGGCUAUUUUUGAAUGACAAGUAUAAACUUGAUCAGAUCAAGAUAGAUGAAACAGGGGGAAACCAAAAGGGAGAAAAUGAUACAAUUAGAGGACUUCGAAAUGAUAUUGCAAGACUUCGGAAGUUGAGGGAUUCCAAUUCAAAGAAAAAUAAAGAUCUUUACCAGAUAAUUUUGGAUUAUGAAAUGUUUGUAGUGAAAGAUAUUCUCCCCCGGAUUAGAGAAGAUAUUGCCAGAUAUCAACAAGAAUCCACACAAGAUAUUAGAGAACAACAGAUGGUGGCGAAGUUCACUAGUGAAUCUAAACUUUGGGAAGAUUAUAACCUGUAUGUUGAACAUUUGGAUCGAUUAGUAUUGGCUUGUCAUCGAUUGACGGAGAUGACAGAUGUGGUUAAUAGUCGAGAAAUGCUGAUAUUAGAGCAAAAAUUAGCGAUAUUAAACGAAAUUAGAUUGAAUUUCCCCGGGAAAUGGAUGUUGGAAGGUUAUAGAAGCAAAUAA